AUGAAACGAACAAUAGCACAAGUCAGCCUCGUGCUGAUUUCGAUGGUCUGCGUGGUAGCAUCCUAUUACACAUCGCCUCCCACUUAUCCUUCACCGCUGGGAUCUGGCAAAGGCAUCUGGGCCAGCGCCUAUGCUAGUGCUCAUGAUUUGGUGGGCCAGAUGACACUUGAGGAAAAGGUUAACAUCACACGAGGCUUCACUGUCGCUGAUAACAUAUGCGCCGGAAAUACGGGUACUGUUCCCCGACUUGGCUGGCCUGGCAUGUGUCUCCACGACGCUGGAAAUGGGGUUCGGGCCACCGACAUGGUCAGCUCCUAUCCCUCUGCCAUUCAUUCAGGCGCCAGCUGGGACAAGAAUCUGACCUACGAACGCGGGUUUUACAUGGGAAAGGAAUUCAAGGCCAAGGGAGUCAAUGUCAUGCUCGGACCAAACGCUGGUCCAUUAGGCAGGUCACCACUCGCAGGACGGAAUUUUGAAGGCUUCUCGGUUGACCCCUACCUGUCGGGUCGACUCAACGCCGAGACAAUCGCAGGCUCCCAGGACGCCGGCGUCAUUGCCAUGAUCAAGCACUUCAUCGCCAACGAACAGGAGACUUACAGGCGACCAUAUUUUGGCGUCGAAGCUGCUUCUUCCAACAUUGACGACAAGACACUGCAUGAGUUCUACAUGUGGCCGUUCAUGGAUGCUGUCAAGGCGGGUGUGGCAUCAGCUAUGUGCUCGUAUAAUCGAGUGAACAACACGUAUGCCUGUGAAAAUAGCAAGCUGAUGAAUGGUCUUUUAAAAACAGAGCUAGCCUUCCAAGGGUUCAUUCUAUUAGACUGGAAUGCGCAGCAUGACCUCAACUCGGCAAACGCCGGUUUGGACAUGCUCAUGCCAGGAGGUGGCAGCUGGGGCAAUAACUUAACCGCAGCAGUUUCGAACGGCACCGUUGACGAGUCUCGAGUCACGGACAUGGCCACCCGUAUCAUUGCGGCAUGGUAUCUUGUCCAACAGAACGGUACCAAUUUCCCCGAGCCGGGAGUUGGUAUGAAAAAUCUCACACUACCACACGAACCUAUUGAUGCACGAGUACCGGACUCUAGACCAAUCCUACUCGAAGGCGCCAUAGCAGGCCAUGUGCUUGUGAAGAACGACAAUAACUCAUUGCCAUUCAAAGGAAAGCCAAAAAUGCUCUCUAUUUUCGGCUACGACGCCACAGUCCCAAGAACGAAAAACACCGAUACUGUCUUCCAGCUCGGUUACCUUUCAUCGCCAGAGAUGGCACAGGCCGUGUUGGGCACAGAACGGCAUUUCGACCAGGCGGCAAAAGGCGGUACUAUAGUCGUAGGAGGACGAGCUGGUGCCAAUGCACCAAGUUAUAUAAUUGACCCAUUAAGCGCGAUUCAACAAAGAGCGGCGGCUGAUGGCACGUGGGUAAACUGGGAUCUCGACUCGCCCAAUCCUGGAAUCAACGCAGCAUCUGACGCAUGCCUGGUUUUUAUCAAUGCCAUAUCGACAGAAGGCUGGGACAGGGACGGGUUGCGUGAUGACUUCAGCGAUGGGCUGAUAUUAAACGUGGCUUCGAAAUGCUCCAACACCAUAGUGGUGAUUCACACAGUCGGUGUCCGUUUGGUGGAUCAAUGGAUUGAACACCCGAAUGUGACUGCGACGAUCAUGGCACAUCUGCCAGGCCAGGAUAGCGGACAUGCUCUUGUCGAUCUGCUUUAUGGCGAGGCAAGUUUUUCCGGAAAGCUCCCUUACACUUUGGCAAAGAACGAGAGCGACUACUCGGUUUACCACGUAUGCAAUCGCACGGACUCGAAUGACACGAGCCCGCAAUGUGACUAUACCGAGGGCGUCUAUAUUGACUACCGCUACUUUGACGAGAAAGAUAUCGAACCGCGUUACGAAUUCGGAUUUGGGCUCAGCUAUACGACCUUUGAGUACUCUGCACUGGCAAUUGAUUCGACCAAACUGAAUGCCGUCACGCAGCCCGGCGGGGAUUUGUGGGAUAUCGUAACAGAAGUCAACAUCGCGGUCACAAAUACUGGACCGGUAGCAGGCGCCGAGGUUGCACAACUAUACAUCGCUAUUCCGAACAGCCCCCCGAAGCAGUUGCGCGGCUUCGAGAAGACACACCUGUCACCAGGAGAUUCGGGGGCAAUACGUUUCGAGUUGACAAGACGUGAUUUGAGUGUCUGGGAUGUGGUGUCGCAGGAAUGGAAGAUACAGGAAGGAAACUACAGCAUUUUCGUGGGAGCCAGCAGUCGGGACAUCAGAUUGACAGGGAAUGUUCAGGUGUAG